GGUACUAGCGAGUGCUUCAUCACCCCAACGAUGAAAAAACCCGCAUGAGAGCUCUCUUCCUGUCGAAUAAAAGUAAAUAAAAAGCUUAAAUAAACAGGAGAGAGGCGCAUAUUGCCUCUCACUUGGGUCGACAGUGAUGGUAUUUUCAGUAAACAUGGCGGCUCAGGACACUACAGACGGGGUGAACACCGUCCAACCAUCACAUAAUAAGCCGAAGAAAAACAAGAAAAUGAAAUCCAAAGAAUCUAAGGAAGUGACUGAGGCACCUAUGGUUAAUGAAGCACCUGUGGUGAAUGGGGAAGCAGAGCCCAGUACCAGUGGGCUUACCAAGGUUAGUGGGGUUGGUGUAGGAACUCAGGUCCCACCAUUGAUGCCUGAAGUAGAGAGAUACAUGCGGAAGAUGCAGCUACAGAAUCAGCGGGAGUUUCAGUUCUGGAACACACAGCCUGUCCCUAAAAUAAGUGAAGAUAUAGGGGAAGAUGUUAAUGAAGCUAUUGAAGAAGAGAAACCUGUAUCUGAGAUCAAGCAAGAGCCUUAUAACCUACCAGAUGGCUUUAGAUGGGAGACUUUAGAUCUCACCGAUGAAGACGUGUUACAAAACCUCUACAGUCUACUAAAUGAAAAUUAUGUGGAAGAUGAUGACAAUAUGUUUAGAUUUGACUACAGCAGAGAGUUCCUGCGAUGGGCUCUUAUGCCACCAGGAUGGAAACCUCAGUGGCAUGUUGGUGUUCGUGUCUCGAAGAGCAAUAGACUGGUUGGAUUUAUAUCUGCAGUUCCAGCCAGAAUCAGGAUAUACAAGCACCAACAGCAAAUGGUAGAAAUUAAUUUCCUCUGUGUACAUAAGAAGCUGCGGUCGAAACGCCUGGCACCUGUUUUAAUUAAGGAAAUAACCAGAAGGGUUAAUCUGACUGGUAUAUUUCAGGCAAUGUACACUGCUGGUGUGCUGUUGCCGAAGCCUGUGGCAUCGUGUCGCUACUGGCAUCGCUCACUCAAUCCAAAGAAGCUAAUAGAAGUUAAAUUUUCCCACUUGGGCAAGAACAUGACUAUGCAGCGAACUCUGAAACUGUACCGGCUGCCAACAGAAACAGUGACACCAGGUUUCAGAAGAUUAAAGUUGGAGGACAUUGAUGGGUGUCAUAAAUUAUUAGAAGAAUAUUUAAACAAGUUUGAUUUAGCACCUGUAUUUAGUAAAGAAGAAUUUAUUCACUGGUUCCUCCCACAGGACAAGAUCAUAGACAGUUAUGUAGUUAAAAACUUUGACAAAGUUACUGAUUUUGUAAGCUACUAUACCUUGCCAUCAACAGUUAUGCAUCACCCAACAUACAAGUCAUUGAAGGCUGCUUAUUCUUUUUACAAUGUUUCUUCUGCCACUCCAUGGAAAGUCCUGAUGAAGGAUGCUCUAGUCACUGCAAAGAAUUCUGACUAUGAUGUGUUUAAUGCCUUAGACUUGAUGGAGAAUUCAGAGUUCCUUGAAGAGCUGAAGUUUGGCCAAGGUGACGGCAAUCUACAGUAUUACCUUUACAAUUGGCGGUGUCCUAAGAUGGUUCCUCAAAAGGUUGGCUUGGUAUUACAGUAAUGAAGAGGUUUAUGUUUAUAUUACACUUUUGAACUCUCUUAGCAAUUACAAGAGAGCACUGUAAACUUGCAUUGACUGCCGCUUACAAGAGUACUUCGUUUGUGCACAGUUGUUCCCAAGUUCAUCUCUGCAGUAAAUAUACUAGCUCUAUACUGUACCUAUGUACUGUAUAAUGUAUAUAAGGUUCCCACCAAAAUGUAACUAUAAUUACAUAUACUAAGUUCUAGCAUGUAGUAUUUUCCCUUGAAUAUAAUAGAAAGCAAAAUCCAUUAAUGUGUAUUUGUAUGUUUGUUACACUUGCAUUGUGGUGUACAAUUAUUAAUGAAAUCAGUAAUUGGUAGCUAAAUGGAUGUUAAAGUGAGGGGUACAGAUCAAGACAGGUAGUGAGUUCAACAAAUGCAAUUGAAUCUGUUAGUGAUUAAAAAGAGGACUUGACAGUAUUUGAACAGAUUAAACUACCUGAAAAAUUUCUUGCAAAUGAAUUGUUAUAUUACUGGAAGUAUUGCAUGACUGAACUAGUAUAGUUAACAAGCUCACCUUAGACUGAAUAUAAACAGACCCAACCUACUGUAGGAAACACUGCAUUGCUGCCUUCUAAGACAGUACUUUAUUUUUCUUCUUGCACCAAGAAGUAUAUAAUUCUGUUGGUGCAUUAAUGAACUAUUUCAUCUGGUUAGGUUGUCAUUAUAAUGGGUUAUGACAUCACCUGUAUAUUAGUACCUUCAUUUGAUGUCCAAACUGCAUAAUCCUCAGGUGAUUUAUGAAUUAGUCCCAGUGUGAGGGCUGCUUGGUAAGCCUCUUCAGUGUUGCUGAAGACACCUUUUCUGUGAUAUCAGUUGCUUGAUCUUAGGCAGUAUGUAUAGGUUUGUCAGUGUGCCUACACAUUUAUAAUUAUAUUUUAUGAGCUUAUGCUUAAAAUGUGGAAGAAAAUUCUAUGGUUAACCUAAUGGUGUUCUGCAUUCAUGAUAAGUGUAACCAAAUUCUUAUUGCUUUUACCCUUUAUCACUUAGUUCAGCUACCCAGUAAGUAAUGUAGAUGAAGAAUGAGACACUUGUGCAACACUUGGGAAUAUCUUUUAUUUCAGGAAAUGCUUUGUCAGUCAGUGGCUUUUCAGUCCAAUACAGAGGUAAACUGUGGAAGAUGUUGAGAAUGAGGUAAUCAGUUCCUCAGCAUGGAGUCGAUGUGUUUAGUCCAUCAUUCUCGUCAUCUUCCACUGUUCUUCUCUGUAUUGGACUUAAGAAGCUGCUGGCUAGCAAAGCAUUUCCUCACUAAAGAUUCCCAAGUGUUACACAAGUGUCUUAUUCUUAACUUGUCAGUUUUCCAAACCAUUUACAUCACAAGUAAUGUAGAUCAUUUAGCAUUUAUAGGUUAUCUAGUAGCAACUAAAAUGUCAAUAGCAUUUUUGAGAAUACUUAUGAUAAGUGAAAUUCAGACUCUCCUUAAUUGUGAAUAAAUUCUAAUGAUAUUGCAUUACAAGAUGGUAAUGAUAGUUGGGUCAAAUUGUAAACAACAUGUCCCUUUGGCAGGCUUGGGGGUAAGUGUUGGGGAUAGUGGCGAACCUUGAAAACAUUACGAGGUGGUAACUGAUAAAUUUUCCCUCUUAUGCAAGAAUGGGGAAAAAUCAGUUGUGGAUUUAGAUGUACUGAAAUGAAUUUAAGCACUGCUAGUUACAUUAUAAGUGAUAAUUUGUUUUACACUCUGAGGUAAAGUGCUGAUAAAGUAUGCCAAUACUGUUCUAACAAUGAAUUUCCAGUGUUUUGAGAUAGUGUUUAUUAUUUAUGCCAGAGUUAUUCUAAUAAACCAGGACAUGGGCUUUUCCCACAGAGUUAUGAUGUGAUUUCUUAGUGGCACUAUGUCCCAAAAUUUGGCCAUUUGACAUUUUUUUGGAGGGUAUUCAGACAUCAAUAUGAUUUUUAUAACAUUGUUAUAUAAGAGUUUAAAUUAUCUCAAGUGUCAUAUCACUUGAAAUAGAAAUUUUAAAGUUGACCUUUACUUUAAGUAUUAAAGAAUUUAAUUUACUGCCAUACAGUAAAUAAUUAAGAGGGCCAUCUACCACUACAUUUUUUAAGGUUAUAGAGCGAUUUGACUGAAAUUUUCUGAAUUUUGUCACUAUUAUUUGUUAAUUCUGGAAAUGACCUCAGAACAAUAGUUCUGGGAUUUUAUUUAAUUUUUCAAAUUUCAAGAUAUUCUGCCUUUAUGGCCCAUGUGCAUUUUAACAGACAUUGCACAGCCUAAUUGCCAAUAUCAUACUGAUUACAUGUUCAUCAUAUAGUUAAUAACAUGAAUAGUUCAAUUCUAAAAAGAAAAAAAUAGCAAAAUGCUCUUGAUACAACAGAAACUAUUCUAUAAAUGGUCUUGUACCUUGUUAGAAAUGUAAUUACCUAUCAGUUAUUACUGAACCUAUAUCAAGUUUGCAGGGACUUGGGGGGGGGGGGGGGAGUUGAGCUACAGCUUGAAUGGACUGGCAUGAAUAAGCCCUGCCAGAUCUAUUUUCGAACCCCUGUAUGGAAUUUGCUUCCUUUGUCAUUGCUUAGUUCAUUCCACUUUUUUUUUAUUACCUCUGUUGUGUUGAAGAAAUACUUUGAAGAUCCCUGUGACUCGUAUUGGUGUGUAAUGUUUAAACAUUGUUGUCAUGGGAAAGGCAUAUGUACUGUAUUUUCUGACAUAAAAGGUGCAUCUUCUUUCCCACAAAAUGUCUUGGAAAAAUCAUCCUGCACCUUAUAUGCUCAAGGUCAGGGUCAAAGGUAGGCUUUGUGUAAUGCUUUAGCAGUUAUUUAUUAACGUUGCAUUACAACUGCUUGGAAACGUCAUACAUGUCUUAUACACUCGUGCACCUUAUGUGUCGAAAAAUACAAUAUGUUUUACUCUUUAUCCAUUAUUAUGAUUCCAGACUUAAUGUGAAUAAUUUUUUUUUUAACUCUGCUUGCUAUUACUCAUUGACUUUUUGAUGUACUUUGUAUUACUUGCUACCAAUAUGAGGUUAUAAUAUACUAAUUGUACAGGGUUCCCUCAGCUUGUUUUGCUUGAUGUAAAUUCUCUGUGCGAUGACCCCAUUUCUGGAAAUAGUUCACUGUGUGUGAUAUUAAUUUGCAUAUCUAUAUAUCACUAACUUGUUUUAUAUUGACAUCUGUAAGAAUGAGAAUAGAUUUGGGCAUGGGAAAUCAAAUGAGCAUAUCUUGAAGAAAAUCGUAUGGCUUGUUUUCUAUUUGACUUUUGUCAAGUCAACAGACAGUGGGCAUACAGCCAAUAGUAGUAAGCUGGUGGAGACACAGUCAGGACUUUGUGUGGGAGAAGAAGAGAGAGGUAGGAGGAUUUGUAUUUACAGAAAAGAAUAAAAAGGCACAAUACCGUGACUGGAACAAUGCACAAAUAGAAAGAAACUUAUGAUGAUGAUGUGGUCUGACAUGGACCAUAACUAGUCACAGUAUGUGACUAGUUAAUGGUCCAUGUCAGACUGAAAUGUCAUCAUAGGUUGCUUUCUCCUAUGUGUGGGUUGUCUGCUUAUUGUAUUCACAGGUUCAUAUUAUGUUUGCUUCAUCUUAGACAACAGACUGGUUGAUUGGUGGAGGAGGGCUGGUACAAGAGAGAUGGACUACGGUUGAGAUUUGGAUUUUAUUUUUUCUUGGCUGUUUUGGGCCAAAUUCAUUCCUUUAUGAUAUAAGAUUGUUUGGAGCAUGUGGUGUAAGCUCCAAAUCUCAAAAUGUAUCCCUUUGUUUUACAUUUACUAAUAGGCUAACUUUGUGCCAUGGGCUGGAAACACAUCUAUCGCAUAAAGCCAGAGUCACCUGUACUGUGUAAAAAGGAUAGUAUGCUCCUUACUUUACAAUGGUUCUACUGUAUGAUAUUUCGACUUUACAAUGGUGUGAUACUGAUGCACAUUCUGUAUUGUACAGUACUGUACAUUUAUUGAUAGGAUAAACUUGUAAACCUGGUUGAUCAGAUCCUGAUCCACCAUGAGGCCUGGUCUCGGACUGGGCAUGGGGGCGUUGACCCCUGAAACCCUCUCCAGGUGUUUGCAGUAGGGCCCCAUUUAUAUGACGGGUUAUAUUCCAGGCUACUGCCGCAAAGCGGAACACCCUUUUUGCCACUUACAAAUGCAUAUAAAUGCCAGGUAACAAAUUUACACUAAAAUAUAUGAACUUAGGAAUAGAACUAGGCAUUAAAAACAAAAACAAAGUAAAAUACACAUAUGGUACACUCAUUAUUACCUUAAAAGAUGUGUAAUCUUAAUGUAGGGUGAGAGGUGAGUAGUAUUUAUUGUGGACAGGUGUGGUAGGUAUGGUAGCUUACCCGGCUACCUUACCUAUGUGUAAUAUACGACAUUUAAAGUGCCCCAGAGCGAUAAAAUACACACAGUACACUCAUUACUUUAAAAUAUUACUUAUUUUAAAAUAUAUGUAGUCUUAAUGUAGGGUGAGAGGUGAAUAAUAUUUAUUGUAGGAAAUCAGGUGGUAGGUAUGGUAGCUUGCCCGGCUACCACACCUACACGUAAUAUACAACAUUUAAAGUGCCCCAAAGCAAUAAAAUACACAUACAGUACACUCAUUAAAUUAUGUGUAGUCUUAAUGUAGAGUGAGAGGUGAGUAUUUAUUUUGGAAAGUCAGGUGUGGUAGCUCCCACACCAGCUAUAACACCUACACAAAAUAUACGACUUAAGUUUAAAGCGUCCCUGAGUGAUUGUUAUUUUUUUUUUAAUGAACCGAGGUAGGGUGACCUAAAAAGAAAAACAAACGUUUUUCUUUUUAAAUUUAGUAAUUUAUACAAGAGAAGGGGUUACUAACCCCUUGCUCCCUAUUAUUAAAUUAUUACCAUCGACAUAACUUGUUCACUGAGUUCAGUCAUUUCUAACAACUACUGUUAGAUGUCAUCUUAAACGAGAGAGAUACCGAGAAUGUAAACAAAACAGACAAAUGCCUAUUAAUAUCUAUCCAGUUAUGGUUCACUCAUGUUCAUUCCCACAUAUGUUUGUGAAGCUUUUACAACAAUACAAACACCUUACAUUGUGUACAAGUUGUUGUCACGUUGAUGAAGUAGAAUAAAUAACAGGAACACUCCCAGUCUCAUGCAACACACAAUUUUUAGAGGGAAUGACACUCUGAGUUGAAGGCACAUGAAAGGAAUAUUUUUCUAUAGUUACCCACAGUACACAGUCCACAUUUUCUCUGUUGUUGGACUAGAGAAAAUGGAAUUUUUUCCAUCACUCUUACAAGCUGCCAGCAACCACAUCUCAUAUUUAUGUAAAUUUUUUCUGCUGUGGGUGUAUAUAUUAUGUUUAUAUGUUAUGUAAUGUGUUUCUUGUAUAAUUUAAAAAAAAAAUGUCAUGGAUUAAUAAAAAUAUAUUAACGUAAUACAGCCUCUCUUCACUUAGCGAUGUAAUCGUUUACUGACGACCCAGACUUAUGUUGGAUUCUCUCACCAGUAUGCAUACCUAAAUAAUGUAUAUUAGAGCUGCUUUCUGUUUAUUACAAUAUACUGUACACAACUGUAUAUACAUCUAAAAAUAUACCAGAUAUGUUAUAAAUGAUGCAAAGGUGACAUUAAAACAAUAUCAAAGAUGAUUGACUCAAACCCUCACAUAGCGUCAGAUUUGUUUACCGAUGUGGUCUUAGGAACGGAACUCUGUUGUUAAUGAGGAGAGGCUGUAUAUGACAUUUAAAGCACCCGAGAGUGAUUAUUAUUAAUAUGGCAUCUUCAAGACAAGUGAGACACUCUUAGUGACUUUAACCCUUUCAGGGUUUUGGCCGUACUAGUACAGCUUACGCACCAGGGUCCAUGACGUACUAGUACUCAUAAAUUCUAGUGCCUUCAAAUCUAGGGAGAGAAAGCUGGUAGGCCUACAUAUGAAAGAAUGGGUCUAUGUGGUCAGUGUGCACAGUAUAAAAAAAAUCCUGCAGCACACAGUGCUUAAUGAGAAAAAAAAAACUGACCGUGUUUUUGGAUUAAAACACCGACUUUGCACUGUAUUUUCGUAUGGUAUUUAUUGUUGUGUUCUAGUUUUCCUGGUCUCAUUGUAUAGAAUGGAAGACAUACUACAGAAAUUGAGAUGGUUUUGACUGGUUUUACAAUGAAAAGUACCUUGAAAUUGAGCUCAAAGUAGCAGAAAUGUUCAAUUUUUACCAAAGUUCAGAAGUAAACAAAUCUUGCUAAGCGUCCAAUACACAUCAACUGGUGAGUCUAAUAUUCUUUCACAAGUGUGCUGAUAUUAUUUAUACCAUUUCUACACUAAUGCAGUAGUCUGCAUAACAGUAAAUCUUCUAUUUUUUGUGAGAAUAAAAAUUCAAUAUGGAAAGCAAAAGAAUGUAAGAGGGACAUGGAGACGUGACUAAUGAACAGAGGAAAUGUUAUUUUAGUGCCAGGAAUGUCUUUCUUGUUUAUUCUGGACCCUAUUUGGAAAUUGGCAUCUUUUGAAAUUUGUGUGAAAUUGGCAAAAUUGCUAAAUUCUGACCACUGUACUGGAUAGUUGAAAUCGUUAAAUGGGUGGUUUCUUGUACUCAUUCGAUAGAAAAAGUGGAGUUCUAGCAAAAUAGUUAUGAUUUUUGUAGACUAGUACAUUGGAAUUGGCCGAAAAUAGGGCUCAAAAUGGGCAAAAUCGCCGAUGCGUAAACAUCGUCGAGACCACUAACUUUGCGAGAGCAUAAUUCCGUAAGUUUUCCAUCAAAUUUCAUACUUUUGGUGUCAUUAUGAUCGGGAAAAGAUUCUCUAUCUUUUCACAAGAAAAAAUAUUUUUUUUUUUUUUUUUUUUUAAAUUUGGGGGACCCUGAGAAGAAGUCUCUGAGAGGGCCUGUGGACCCUGAAAGGGUUAAUGUGUACCUGCACGCCAGCAGUGUAUAUGUUUAUUUAGGUACAGGUACAUAUAAGUAUAAUUUUUUUUUUUUUCAACAAACCGGCUGUAUCCCACCGAGGCAGGGUGACCCAAAAAGAAAAACGAAAGUUUCUCUUUUUAAAUUUAGUAAUAAAUACAGGAGAAGGGGUUACUAGCCCCUUGCUCCCGGCAUUUUAGUCGCCUCUUACAACACGCAUGGCUUACGGAGGAAGAAUUCUGUUCCACUUCCCCAAGGAGGAUAAGUGUAAUUAUCAGAGUAUAUAUAAAAUAUUCAAUAACUUUAAAACACUUGUUAUUUUGGAAAGUUUCUAGACAUAAUGGAGAGAUGCAAAGCUCCCUGAGGAUGUAAACAAACAUUGGCGAGCAGAAGCCAUAUUAGCGAGUCGGGGGUGGGGGGGCUGUAUAACGAGUUUUGGUCAUAAUUUGAAAUGUAUGUAUUAGCAAAAUGCUGUAAAGCAGGGCUUUCUUGUAUUUACUUUUCAAUACAGUUUCUCCUUACUUAACGACGGAAUUCCGUUCCUAAGACUGUCAGUAAACGAAUUCAUCGCUAAGUGAGGAGCAUACUAUAAUGGUAGUGGUUUUGUGUCACCCAUCUUUGAUAUUAUUUUAAUGUUGCCUUUGUCGCAUUUAUAACAUUUCUGGUAUAUUUUUAAAUGUUUAUACAGUAGUGUACUGUAUAUUGUAAUAAACAGAAUAGAGGAAAUCAGCUCUAAUAUAUAUUAGGUAUACAUACUGGUCAGAGAGCCCAUUGUAAGUUUGAAUUGUCUGUAAAUGAGUACAUCACUAAGUGAGGAGAGGCUGUACUGGUAUUUAGUUAGUUACAGUAAUUUUUUUUUUUUUCAACAAACCAGCCGUAUCCCACCGAGGCAGGGUGGCCCAAAAAAUAAAAAUAAAAGUUUCUCUUUUCGAAUUUAGUAAUUUAUACAGGAGAAGGGGUUACUAGCCCCUUGCUCCCGGCAUUUUAGUCGCCUCUUACAACACGCAUGGCUUACGGAGGAAGAAUUUUGUUCCACUUCCCCAUGGAGAUAAGCGGAAAUAAACAAGAACAAGAACCAGAAAGAAAAUAGCAGAAAACCCAGAGGGGUUUGUGUAUAUGCUUGUACAUGUAUAUGUAGUGUGACCUAAGUGUAAGUAGAAGUAGCAAGACAUACCUGUAAUCUUGCAUAUUUAUGAGACAGAAAAAUGGACACCAGCAAUCCUACCAUCAUGUAAAACAAUUACAGGCUUUCAUUUUACACUCACUUGGCAGGACGGUAGUACCUCCCUGGGUGGUUGCUGUCUACCAACCUACUACCAAGGAGUUACAGUAAUUAUUUGUUUAUUUACUUAUUCAGUGACUAGUUAUUUAUUUAUUUGUCAAAUAUUUUCAUAUUCAGCCUAGGAUAUUUUCAAUUUAGGGUGGGUUCUUUGGAACGUUAUAAAUCAAGGAGCACCUGGAUGUUGGAAAAGGUCAAACAAGGAUGCUUUAUCAUUUCUUAACUGAAUGGGCUAUAAGCUUUCCACAGUGUUACUGCUUUUUUGUGAGAAAAGUAAUUUCCUCAAGUGCUAUAUGAGAAAUUACAAAACUAAUUUUCCUGAGUCCUGUUUUAAAGUGACCUCAAAUGAAUCGUUUAAUGAAGCUUGAGCAGUAGUUGAAAUAUUUGUAAUACUUUAUAACUCCCACAUUUUUGCAUGUAGCAAACAUGUCAUACCAUGUAAUCUCCAAUAUAUAUGUCUUCAAUGAUUUCUUCCCAAUUCCCAGGUACUAUAUGACCUCCACAGGUUUAGCUCUUCCUUCUAAAUAUAAUAAUGAUAAUUUCACUAUACAGGAGGGCCCCAUUUGUACGACGCUUACGUUCACAUCCCUGUGCGAUGAGCGAUAAUUGCUGGCAGGCAAAUGGAAAAGAGCAGUGUUUUCAAUAUUGAAUGCAUCUAAAAUGCCUUAUAAUGUGUAUACACUAUCAUAUAUUAAGGGCUUAAUACAGUUAGGCAUAAAAGAAAAGAUAAAGUAAAAUAAAUACACAGUACAUACAAUACUUACCUUAAAAUAUGGUGCCGCUAGCCUUUGCCUUAUGCAACUGUUAUGGUAAAAUAGUGGAAAAGCACUGAACAUAAUGAACAGUAGCUCACUUGAAAGCCAACAAGAAUGUAGAACACCAAAAAGAGGAUACCAAAUACACAGGGCACUCCUGUAAACAGUAUCUAUUUGUAACCAGGAAAACUUUUAAGUGUUUAGCCAUCAGGGAAAGAAAUCUUUAUAAAUAGUCAAUCAUAUUUAGUUUUUUUAUUGUGUGCAGUGAUGACACACAUUUCCCCAAAAAAGUAGUGGUAGAUGUCCUUGUUAAAGGGAUAAUGCAUAGUUGUAGUGAGAUUAAUGGCAUUGUUAGUAUGAGUGAGAGUAAGAACAUGUUUAAUAAUGGGGUUGGUUGGACUAGUCAUAAGCAUAUAGUUAUCAUGCUUAUGAUUAAUGCAAUAAACAACAGUAUACAUGGUGAACUGCAUAUUUUGCCACUGACAAAGACUUGGUAAACAAAAUUUAUUAAUUUUUUGGAAGGUGAGGUUUGUCUAAUUCAAAUUUUGUAUUGUCACUUAAUGUUUGCAAGGUGAAUCUUAAUUACAAGUCCAUCAGUAGCAUUUGGUUUGUCUUCUCUUAAAUAUAUUAAAAGUUGUUACAGCAACAAGAAAUUUAUUUGAUAUAGUUUUUGUAUGAGUAAUUUCUAUAGUUUUUAUUUAAAUAGUGUGUGUUGAUGAAAUAACUGUGAUAAAUUGGGUAGUUACUGCUACACAUUGGUAACCAUCUUAAGUAAAACGUUAAGUAAAUCGUUGUUACAAAAUACAUGUUACAUUUCA